GGGGAAAACGACGAUGAACGCGAAUUAUCUCCCUCUGGGCUCGCAAAUCCUUCAGGUGAACCUUGUAUAUGCUCCACUGCCUGUGUACUCCCGGCGGGUGGCUUUAGAACUUGUUGUAUAAGCUCUCUUUGCCGGUCUAGCAUAACACCCAUCUCUGAUUGGAACACGGAUGUAACUUCCUCUCUGAUCAUUCGACUUAUAAACUUUUCGGGUAAUUUAUUUGAGAAUUAA